GAAGGGAGCUCCCCACUUUUCCAGUCACAAACCACCUACCCAUGAAAGCCCAAUGAAGCGAUCCGUACCACAUUGCGGUGGUAACAGCUACAAUUAGAGAAGUCCUUCAAGAUUUCGACAGCAAGGGGUGCAGUGUGUGAGUGUGGGGGGGCUGAUGAAGUGAGGAAAGCCAGAGGAGACCACUGUGGUUCACCUGCUAUCUAUUGUCCCUAACCCUGAUUGACCCUGCUGCCUACUUUCGCUAAAUAAUUUCAAGGAGAGGCUGGGGUCCCUCUGGGUGCAAGAAUCACCAUGUGCCAAAACUGGAGAGGACUUCCCACUGCCCCAUAAGACUGCCAAACCUCUUGUGAACCUUCCUCUCUAGUCUGAGGACCCUCCUUAUCCUCCACGUUGCCCACUGGCAAAGAUGAAGACAGUGGCGGCAUGGUCAGUAGAGGACGUCUCUGACUGGCUGAGCAAAGAGGGGAUGUCAGAGUAUAUAGAUGCCCUCCGCCACACGGACGGCCCUGCCAUGCUCAGGCUCACCGAGGCAGAUUUCCAGAAUCCUCCCCUCUCGCUGGUGUCAUCUGAUGGCGGGCAGCAGAUGAUGGAGCGACUAGAGACGCUGCGGAUAGAGAACCAUAUGGAGGCUCACAAAAACGGUCACGCAAACGGGCAUGCAGGUGGGCUGCCUAAUGGGACAAGCAAGCCCCAGAGGAAUGGCACACUGGGGGCGAAGGACAUUAGGAUAGAGAUGGUCCACAUCCCCAUCCCUACAAUGGAAGCGAAACACUCCUCAUUCCCUGCUGAGUGGAGGAAGACGGGCAUAGCAUUUUUCUAUGCAGUGGUGUGCUUUGUUACCACCACUGUUGUCAUUUCAGUGGUCCAUGAGAGAGUACCACCAAAGGAGCAUACCCCACCACUGCCUGAUAAGUUCUUUGACCUGUUUGACAGGGUGGAGUGGGCCUUCUCCAUCUGUGAGAUUAAUGGCAUGUUGCUGGUGGGACUCUGGCUUAUACAAUGGAUUCUACUCAAGCACAGGUCAAUUAUAGGUAGGCGGUUCUUUUUCAUUGUGGGCACACUCUAUCUGUACCGGUGUAUUACCAUGUACAUCACCACUCUGCCUGUUCCUGGGAUGCACUUCAAAUGCUCUCCUAAGCUUCUUGGGAACUGGGAGGCACAGAUGAGGAGAAUAAUGAGGAUGAUUGCUGGUGGGGGCCUAUCCAUCACAGGUUCCCACACCAUGUGUGGAGAUUAUCUGUACAGUGGCCACACCGUCAUGUUAACACUAACGUACCUCUUCAUCAAGGAGUAUUCCCCCAAGCGGUUCUGGUGGUACCACUGGUUUUGCUGGAUCUUAAGUGCUGUGGGAAUUUUUUGCAUCCUUCUGGCCCAUGACCACUAUACUGUGGAUGUGGUAGUGGCAUACUUUAUCACUACACGCCUCUUCUGGUGGUACCACACUAUGGCCAACCAGCAGUCGCUGAAGGAGACGUCACAGAGUAACCCGUUCUCGCGGGUGUGGUGGUACAGACUGUUCCAGUACUUUGAGGAGAACGUCAGCGGUACGGUCCCCCGUAACUAUCAGCCGCCGUUUUCAUGGCGGGUGUUGCAAUGGAACCGCGGUCUGAAGUACAGCAGACUGGAUAUCCAGUGACUGCUGUCGUGUCACAGCAGGCAAGGACUGUGACUUCAAUAAGUGCUGUUUUUACCCAUGGAAGAUGACACUGUUUAAUGUAGCGCUGUCCUUUCACCUCUAGUAACAGACACAUCCCUGUCCAAAUGGGUAAAUGGGUAGCACUGUGACCCACCUAGUAUUUUUAUUUUUAUUUUUUCUUGUUUGUGUGUGUCUAUAUAAAUAAUUUCUCUUGUCGUCUUUUUCCUCUGGUAAUAUUUGUCAAUACGGAGCAUUAAUUUAUAUUUGUUUUGUGUCUUUUCCUCUUCGUGGGCCAUAUAACACUUUCUGCUUUUGUAGCAGAUCUAUGAAACAUUUCAGCAAACUUCUAAAACUCAGUUUUUGGCCAUAAGGACUCAAAUACUUUUUCUUCCUCUCAGCACAAAACCAUAGUUAAUGUCGUCAUGUUCUUACAAGAUUUUUUAGUGCAAAUAGUGUCAAUCAAAUGCUUAUUUGAUAACCAAAAUGCCAUAAUGCCAUUUUUUUUCUUUUUUUUUUUUUUUAUAGCAAAUUACUUUUUGUAAACUGUCCUUGCUAAAAUGAGUCAAAGGUGCAAAAAAUAAUUUUUCUAAGUAUGUCAAACUUUAUUUUUCAAAAACAAAUGAUGUCCAACAAAAGAUUUUUAGAUUUUUACCUUUUUCAAGAUGGAUAACUGAGAGCAUAAGAAUCUAAUGUGGUAUACCAUUAUUCCAGUGCCUUUAUUAGCUUGAUUGUAAAACAGUUCAAGUACUAUGUGUCUUGUAUCUCUCUGCUGCGGGUGUGAUCACGCCACGGUAGGAAGUGGUACUUAGUUAACAGUCUUGUUCCCAUGAAUGUAAAAACAACUACGCCAGCCUUACUAGAAGAUUGGUCUUCCCAAAAUGAAGUGCAGUGAGUGAAAUGUCCUGUUUAUUUAUUGACGCUUUAUGAUGUCAGUUUGUGCUUAGUUGGUUUAAACUUAGUUGGUUAAAGCUGUUCUAACAGAAAAAAUGACUGUUAAAUGUAUUUUCUUUUAAUGUCUGUAACAUUUCAUUUUUGCUAACCAGUCCUUAACCAACACUGUUCAUGUUCGAAGCCCGAUCAUUGGCACCACAGCGUUUGCUAGUUUUGUUUUCCACUAAAUUAUCGGCUAAACAUCACUGCCUGAUUGGAAGUUGUAUUAGAAAUGUCGCCAAUGUCCAAGUUAUUCUGGACCUGGACAUGUCUUGUGCAUCAUUGCUGCGACUCUUGCUCAGGACAUAAUGAGCCCCAAUCUUGUUCUCCACAUUGAGUCCCAUUUUGAAAUCAGAAUUAUCCUCAUAACUGUCUUCUCUUGUAACCUAUGUAGUGAUGAGAUGUGGAGGAAAAUGUUCAAUGUGACAAGUUGUAAAAAUAGAAGCUUUAGGCAAAGUUUCUGAGCAUGUCUAUAAUGAAUCUGUAUGUGUUUUGUAUAGUUUUUCUUGUAUUAAAUCAAGCUGCUACCUUUCAGUUGGAAGACAGUUUAUCUUCUACAUUAUAAGUGCAACGCCAAAACAAUCUUCUCCUAGAAAUAGCAAACAUUCGACAUGGAACUUAUAUGUGGGGAACAAACUGAAGCAUGAUGCAUAGAACUGGUGAUAUAUUUGGCCAUUCGUUUGUAAACAUUGAUUUUUCAUGAAUUUGAAAAUGCGUCCUUAUAGAUGAUCCUAUUACAUGUUGACUUUUCUGCUUUUCCUGGCGUAACUAUGAAUAGUGAAAAGUGUAAAAAAUAAGUAUUACACAAGUUUAUAUAUAGGAAAAAGAUUUAACUCGUGAAGCUUUCAUUUCAAAUUAAACUGAUUAGCUUUGUUGAAAGAAAAACCGCACUAAGCUUUAGAUCAUACAAAUUCCAAAUAAAUAAUGAUCAUGUGAAUAAUUUCUUUUAACAUUGUUAAAGGGAGGUGAGAAAAUAUCAUUGUUUUCAAUGUGAGCUUAUGUAGCCAACAAAAGUCUUAAUGUUUGAGAAAAAAUUGACACCCUCUUUCCAGUAGCACUGUCCGAUCAUUUCACUUUUCCAGAGAACAGUUUCUCAGUUUUUAAGAGCACAGCCGGUUCCUCACACAAGGCCAUAUUUGGUUUCAGAUAAUGUUUAAGGUAAUGGUCCAAACAUGGCUCUCCUAAUAAUGUUUUGAGUGCUUUGAUAAGGAUGAAGGUUUGGAGUUUGUCUUUUAGUUUGCCAAUGAAGAUGGAAUUUUUUUUUUUUUUUGGUCUCCAGGAAAUUAGUUGUUUAUUCUCUACGUUCCUUUGUAAACCUCUCAUCCGCUUUGUCCCUUUUUGUGUGUAUACCAGAUGUUUGUAAGAUAAGAUAAAGGAUUCUCCUUGGGACGCUUUUGAAUAAACCAUUUUA